AUAUAAUAUUGCACCAUAGCUAUCACUGAUCCCGCUAAUGUGGAAAAUUGCAAGAAAGUUGUUUCUAGAUGUGUAGAUAAAGAGGCUCAACGCCCAAGAUCCAACAGACAGAAAGCAAUAAAUAUAGUAGCAUGUGUUUUAAGAAGUGGUGUGGUUGAGACUACAGUGUUAGCCCGUGAACAACGAGACACAUAAAGAUUUAUUGGAAAUAUUUUUCUUGUAACUCUCUUGUUCUUGUGAUUAUUAACGUUGUGUUGGGUUAAUAACAAUGUGUUGGGUUAACAAUAAAAUAUUGUGCAUACGAUAAUCACAUUUUUUAGAACAUUUUCAUAAAAUCCUACUUUUCACGUAUUAAUUGCUAACAGAUAACAGUAUACUCGUACUUAUAACUCGUUAUUGUUAGAGAAGGUUGUUGUAGAAGCGUAGGUUGCGGAAGAGAAUCGCUCCAUAACACAAACUUAAAACAUGACUGUAUUUAUUGGUAUAAAUAAUAUUCUGAAGAAGAGAAAAGAGAAUACAGUUUUUAAAAAGCGGUUGUGACAAGCAAUUGAAAUUCGUGGCGUCGACACGUAUGUACGGGUAUAAACAAAAGUGUGACGUUUGGGUGCAAGAGCCCGACGAUGUGAGCCGCUUAAGGUCUGUCUACAAUGGAGAGUUUUAGGCGGUAACAGUAGGUUGUAAGUGACAUUAUUCCGGCUUUUAAGGUCGUAGCAGUAGUCGUAAGCAAAAUGAAUCAUUUCGAUACUGCUUAUAGCCUAUGGCAAGCGUCUUGCGUUGCGUUGCGUUACUUUUGUUUGGCAUUAUUGUGCGCGUUUAUUUAAUCAUUUUUUAAUUGAGUUGUCUUUUAAUAAAUAGUGCAAUGUCUGAAGAACAAUUUGAAGAAAAUAUCAUUGACGAGAUAGAGAACGACGAUGAUGAUGAAUAAGAUACAUUACUAAAGCAGGAAUUGAUCGCUUUUGUCAAGGCAAAUCCCGCUUUAUAUACAAAAAACUGGAAAGAAUAUGAUGGAAAAGAUUUUUGUAAAGAUUUAGCUUGAGAGAAUAUUGGUUUUAACUUGUCGAAACAAAUGUCAGAUGUAUAUAAUUAACUUGUCAAAACAAAUGUGGGAUGUAUAUAAUUAAAUCAAUCAAUAUGUUUAUCUAUCACGGUAAAGUUAAGUUAAAUUAUUACUACAAGUUUUUACUUCUGUUAUCAAUAGGGAAAUAUACCGCCAAAAUGUGAUACAGUAUUCGCCAGCGAUUUGGUAAGGAAAGACAAAAAGUUGUAGCAUCUCUGAAAGGAAGAUCUGUGCAAGAAACAAAGCCUUUAUACGUACCAAAAUGGCAAUUUUACAAUCUUUGUUUAUUCUUAGUAAAUCACAUCACGCCUCAAAAGACUACUAGUAAUUACAACUCAAACAAAAAACUCAAUGAAAAAGACCAAUGAAGAAAGUUCCUCUUCUCCAAUAUUUAUUUUACCUUGUCAUUACCAUCACCUUCAUUAACAGCAAGAUCAACACUGUCUCCACAAACAAUAUCUCCUCAAAUGUUGUCUGCACAAGUACUAUCUCCACGAGCACUGUCUCCACAAGUAACCUCUCCACGAUUACUAUCUUCACAAAUAGUGUUUCUACAAGGACUGUCUCCACGAGCAACGUCUCCUCAAAUACUAUCUGUACAAGCACCAUAUUCACAAACACCAUCUCCACAAGUACCAUCUUCACAAGCAUCAUCUCCACAAGCAUCAGUGCUUUUGUCUCCAUCUAGUAUAUGGUCUACGAAUGAUUUAGAAUCAGUAAUUAGCGAUAACAAUGCAUCAGCAUACUCGACUGAGGAAAAUAAAGAAAAUGAAGCUUUACAUGCGUCCACACCUUCAUCCAGUAGCCUUAUUGUGAAAGAAUGUUCUGCAUCAGCAUCCAAGGACGUGUUAAAAACGAUGCUAAGGAUAUCCUCAUCAACGAAAAGGAUUAUUCACGAGCCUGAUAACUUUGCUAAACGCAAAAAGAAAAACGAUGAUCUUAUGCAAGCUAUCAACAAGCAGUCAACAGCUCUGAUUUCUUUCACUACGAAAUUUGGAAACUUUUUGAUGACAUCAAACGAAUGUUCUAUUCCUUCCUCAGCUUCAUCUGUUAAUGAUCCAGUCUUGGCUGCCAUUGGAUAUGCUCUUAAUUCUGUACCCGAAGAAAAACGUCUUGAAUGCAUGAUGGAAGUACUUCAACUUAUAAAAUCAAAAUACAUUCAGAAAUAAUUUUCAAGUUUAUUACAUCUAAGUUAGCAAUAAUAUACAUAUA